AUAAUACAAUACAAUACAAUACAAUACAAUACAUUAAAGAUACAUUCAAUACAAUCAAUAUCCGGUUGAUCAAGUUUCAUACGACAAAUACGAUAAAUACGAUAAAUACUUUACAUAUCUACCUACCUUACUACACAAUUGAUUUGAUAUCUUUCAUCAAGAUUCAUAUCAAUAUCAAUAUCAGCCUCAACAUCAACUUCAUCACUUGAAGUCUCCAAUACAUCACAAUACAAUCAAUCAAAGAAUCAAAGAAUCACAUCUAAUAAACCAUUCAUCAUGGUUGCUGUUACUGGAGUUGUUACUGCUGGUGCCUCAGCACUCGGUCUCGCCGCCGCUCUCGCAUCCAUGCAUCUCCCCGCCAAAACCUAUCGCGUAGAACGCACUCGACGUCUCUCUCAACCUGCCGAUCAAGAUCAGGGUGAAAUGGCACGCUUAGCUUUGCAAAAAACAAACUCUGCGGGUUCUAUUACUGAGAAGACAAAGAGUGGCUUUCAACCGGGGAAGAAGGUUUUGGGUAGAGUUAAGGAGUAGAUGUUUUGAUGAUGAUGGGUUAUGAUAUGGAUAUGGAUUUGAUAUGGGUUAUGGUUACGGUUAUGGGAUGGAUGGAUGGAUAUGGGAACUGGUAUGGAUACUGGUAUGAACGGAUGGAUAUGGAUAUGGAUAUACUACUGAAAUCAUGAUACGAGCAGUUAGUUACCAGACUGACUUGACUAGAUUGGAAUAGAAUCUUCAUAAUCGUCAUGGAUUGAUAUGACAAAUGAUUAUGAUGGGAUCGGAUGGAGUUUUUUUGCUUUGGGUUACAUAUUAUCACAUACAUACUCACAUUACACACGAGAAGUCAACAUCUAGAAAUAGAUAGAUUUUCUUUCAUUUCGUGGUUUGAUGGACAUGGAAAGGGAUGUAUAUCUAAAUUUCGCUCUUUUAGGGUUAGAAAUUAGGAAUGAAGAAAAUGAAUUAUCAAUACUAUUUGAAGAUUUUCGGAU